AUGUCGUUUUCUAAAAAAACCAGAUUUUCUGAUUUAAUUAACUGGAGAAUUAAAGUUCAUACAAUUGAUAAUCGUUACUUCGUAGGUACAUUAUUAUCAUUUGAUGGACAUAUGAAUGUAAUAUUAGGUGACUGUGAAGAAAGAAGAAUCCCAAAUAAGCAAUUAAAUGCCAAUUCAAAAGACGAACGAAAUACAAAAGAGUUGAGAAGAAAUUUAGGUUUAAUCAUCUUAAGAGGUGGGCAAAUUAUCGAUGUGACUGUAGAAGGACCAGGACCUUCAGAUCCUAGUUCAAGAGUACGAAGACCUAUCAAACAACCUGUUGCACCAAGUAAAAGUAAAUCUGCUACAUCAAAUAAAGAACGUAAUCCAACAUCCAGACCAUUCUAUCGUCCACCAAAAUAA